AUGUACGAGUGCCCUUUCUGUAGUGUUGCAGUCGCAAACGAUCAAUUAAUUGCUCACUUAAGAACAAAACAUCAUAAGUUAUUAUGUAAGCAAGAUUCAGGUGAUUACUACAUUAUAUAUUCAGCGUUCCAGUGUAGAAUUGUGUCCUAUAGAAUCAAUGGAUCAUCAACACUAUUGGAUCCUAAGCUAUACAUGGCUGGAAUCGGGAAAGGUGCAACAGUUACUCACCCUCGAGUUGAAAACAUACAAACACAUCAAAACUUGGAACUUUUCUGUACAUAUGUAAUGAUUGUCAUGGAUGCGGACAAGAGGAAAGAAGAGGUAGUUAGAGAUCUAAAGUCAUUCAACACGAAGAAUGUGACUUUAGACCUUUCAUCGAAUUUAUGCUCAUUCUAUGAAGAGAUUUGUUCCCAAAUGUUACGGAAAUGUGAAGAAUUUCAAGAAAAGGAUAGUGGAUGGGCUUUGAAAAAAAUAGAGUUUUUAGAAGUGAACGUUAAUAAACACACUCUUAUAACAGGAAGCUCUUAUCACUUCCUGUUUGGAUACAACGUAAGUUUGCUUGUGUCAACGUGA